AUGCAGCAGGAGGGCGCCGAGCGCUUCACGAAGAGCACCGCGCAGAGCGCCCCCGAGAUGGCUCCGGAGACGCCGCUCCAGAAGAAGUAUCACAAGGGUGAUUUGCAGAGCGUGCAAGCUCACAAUGCUGGGGAUUACGCCUCCACGUGGCGGUCGGCGCUGGGGCAGCGCUUGCAGCGGGAGCUCAGGAGCAAUAAGAAGACCAAGAACGGGUACUUGUCGGCUGCGGACAAGGACCAGUGGAAGAAGGAUUGGUGCAAGAAGCAGUACAAAGGUGCCAUCGUCCGCAUGCGCACAUACACCACGGCGAGCCAGGAGUCGUGGCUGUCCAAGGGUAAGGUCGUCUCCUUCCUGCGCAUGCGCUACGAGGAGGGCGGGCCGCGCGGCCACUGGGACCCCGAGGCCAUGCAGGACUGCGCCGUGAUUGCCCAGCGGUGCAUCAGGAUGGGGUUCCCGUUCGUACAGGUCGACGAGCAGCACGGCAAGGUCAAGUUCACGUGGUUCUCGCACGAGUAUUCCGACAAGUUCGAGAAGCGCUGGGAGGAGACGCAGAAGCAGAACAUGGACAAAGCACUCACCGACGAUGCCCUCAUUGCGUUGCCGCGUGCACGGAUGUCUGGAAGCGGCGAUGACGCUGCGGAGGACACUGCGGCGGACCCUGAGGACCCUGCGGAGGACCCUGCGGAGGGCCCUGAGGCGGACCCCGAGGCGGACCCUGAUGAGGACCCUGGGCAACAUGACAGCGCACCGCCCAAGCCAGGGAAGAAGGAGAAGUCGCCCGCCGCGAUCGCGCUGGCACACUGCCGCAAGAUGAUCGCGGCGAUGCAGAGCACGCUGGCGUCUGCGAAGUCUCUCUCCGAGGACAUCGCCGAGGAUGCGUCUAAGGGCGGCGGCGACGGAUCCGCCAACGAGGCAGAGCCCAGCGAGUGGGCAUGGGCGAGGACGGCCGCCGUGCAGGGCACGAUCGACACGAUGAUCAAGGACAUCGAGGGCACCAUCAAGAAGAACAAGCUGUGGCAGAAGCUGCUCAUCGGUACCGAGGUGUCGCAGGUGCGCAAAGAGUUCAAGGAGGCCGACAUAGAGGUGCUCUGCGAGAAGGACGCCGUGGACACGCUGCAGGACCUGCGGAAGCGCGGCGCAGAGCUGAACAACAAGAUCCAAGCGACCAUCGAAUCGCACAGGGCGCUCCAGAACAACAACAAGAAACCGCCCAAGAAGGCGAAGGACCCGACCAUCAAGAAGAAGGUGAAGAAGGGCAAGUAG